CCGCUCUCCAGAAGUCAGUUUCGGGUAUGGGAUUAGCCAGUCAUUUGAUUUUCAGAUGCAUGGACUUGAUUUGAUGGUGAUGGGAGGGAAUUCGUAACGACCACUACAGCAUUAUGAUGGUGAGGAGUACAGCAAUCCUUUAACACAUAAUUAUCGUCAACUGGAUUCGAACCUGCAAACAUAUGAAGGGUAAUCAGUGAUGCAAUGGCAAGCAUAUUGCUAAUGCUUAAAGUUAGCAUAACGUACCAUACCGCUGAGCGUAUGUGGUAUAGCAGGUUUCAAAGGGAGAAGUAAAGUACUGUAACUUUUGUUGCUACCCUGAGAGAAUGGCAUGUGUUUAUUCAAGUUUUGUUUACUGCAUUGCUAUAGCAGUACAGGGUGUGUAUCACUCAAGGUUUCAUAACAAACGAGAAAAUUUUUCCAUGUUUGUCUCAUUUGUGGACUCCCAUAACACAACCUGUUGGCAUGACUGACAGUUCAUCUUGAUUCUAAUACAGUUUACAGAAUUAACAGGAAAAACUACAGUUCGGCAUAAUGUCUGAUGAUACUUUCAUUCGCUAUAUUGAUAUACCAAGUAAAGAAUUGUCAAGACUCGCAAUUCACCAGGAAAAGGUUGGUGAUGUUGGCUGUGUCGUUUGGGAUGCAGCUUUGGUCCUUGCUUACUACCUUCAAACACAGAAAGCGAGGGAUCAUUUUGUUCGUAACAAAAAUGUUAUCGAACUAGGGGCUGGAACUGGUAUUGUUGGUUUGGUUGCUGCAGCGUGUGGCGCAAAGCUGGUCAUAUUAACUGACCUUCCCGAACUUCUGCCACUUCUACAGAAGAAUGUAGUAGAAAACCAAGAAGUUUUUAAGGAAAAUGACCGUAAUGUCAAUAUAUUCCAGUUACGAUGGGGCAAUAUUGAUGAUAUGAAUACAAUAGUUAAAAACACUUUUAUGUUCAGCAAAGACAAUAGCAUAAAACAUGAGUUUCACUGUGUUUUGCUGGCUGAUUGUGUGUAUUAUGAUGAAGCAGUGGAACCACUUGCUAUAACCAUUAAUCACAUCAUUAAGACCAGCUUAAAUGACACAAUUGUGCUUUGUUGCUUUGAAGACCGUGACACUGGGAAUAAGCAAGAACUUCAAGAACGCUUUAGAUAUAUUUUAAGCAAAAAAUUCAAAUUAAAGAUUCAUCAAGUACCCUAUUCAGAUAUGCAUGAUGAGUUCCGCUCACCAGAUAUUCACAUAUUUCGCAUUUCAAAAUAAAGUAGCGCCAUGCUUGCUUUCAGACUACCACCAGUGAUAUCAGGCUGUUUUACUGAAAGACUGCAUUUGAUAUGCCAGCCAGUUUAACACAUUUCAGCUUUUGAAUUAGGAAUUAUUUGGUUUUGACCAUGAGUGGCUGGCAUAUGUAAAUUACAAAAACACAAUUACCGUACACAAAGAUCAAUUUUUCAAAAAAUAACAAAAUUAUUUUAUAGUCAAGUGCAGCUGGAACUGAAUUUACUACUGUUUUGUAUGUAUUCUGAAAUAAAAUUUUAGAGCAUUCAAUUUGUAUUUUCGCAAAUAAACCAUUUCGAAUUAUUGCCAA